CGGCACCAGGGCCAGAGCCCGAGGAGGGGCAGGGACUUCAGUCCGGACCACUUGAUCCCCAACCCUGGCUGGAGAGUCCUCCCCACCCUGCGCCUCCAGGCCCGGCAGCCUUCCCUCCCGAGUGGAGGUGGAGUGGCCCGGGCAGCGGCUGCCCCUUCCCUGGGGUGGGGGGCAUCCCUGGCUCGCCUUUCCUGUCUCGCCUUCCCUCCCUUCCAGUUCCUCUCGUUUCUGGCUCUGAGUCAGCUUUUGACCUUCUCGGUCUGUCUCUCUCACCUGCCUGUCUGCCCUCGGGGACCCAGCGGGGAGCGUGGACCCAUCCCUCCCUCAGGGGCUCCCUGUCAGGUUGUGGGCACAACUGUGUGAACAGACACACAAUAAGACAGCCUGCCGGUGGUUGCGGGACACGCAGGAUACGGCCAGGUGUCUGGAAGGCGGGAGCGUUCCAGCAGGGUCCGCAGAGCAGCCGCUUGGCGCUGCUUGUGUGGGAGGCAGAGGCCUUUGCUGCCGUCUUGAUCUUGCCUCUGUCUCUGGCUAGGUGAGUUCUAAUCCCCGGCACCAAGGACCCCCGCCUCUCUGCAGACCAGGCCCUGGAGUCGGCACGGGAGGCGUGGGACCUGCGUGCGGGCUGCGGCCUCGCUCCCUGCCAGGGGAGGGCCCUGCCUCUCCCUCCCUCUGCAGCUGACCUGUGCUCGCCGUGGCUCCUCACACCUGCUCUCCCCUCGCUCAUCUCCAGGUAUGGAUAGAUGCCGGGACCCAGAUUUUCUUUUCUUACGCCAUUGGCCUGGGGGCCGUCAUGGCCCUGGGCAGCUACAAUCGCUUCAACAACAACUGCUACAAGGAUGCCAUCAUCCUCGCACACAUCAACAGCGGGACCAGCUUCUUUGCUGGCUUCGUGGUCUUCUCCAUCCUGGGCUUCAUGGCCACAGAGCAGGGCGUGCACAUCUCCAAGGUGGCGGAAUCAGGGCCUGGCCUGGCUUUCAUCGCCUAUCCCCGGGCCGUCACGCUGAUGCCUGUGGCCCCGCUCUGGGCUGCUCUGUUCUUCAUGCUGCUGCUGCUUGGCCUUGACAGCCAGUUUGUAGGUGUGGAAGUCUUCAUCACCGGCCUGCUGGACCUCCUCCCGGCCUCUUACUACUUCUGUUUCCAAAGAGAGAUCUCCGUGGCCCUCUGCUGCACCCUCUGCUUUGUCAUUGAUCUCUCCGUGGUGACCGAUGUGAGUGGGGGCAGGGUGAGGGAUGCCCCUGGCCUCAGGCUGCCGGCUGCCACCUUCCCUGACCUGGAUCCAUCCCCAGGGUGGGAUGUAUGUCUUCCAGCUGUUUGACUACUACUCAGCCAGUGGCACCCCGGUGCUCUCGGCCUUCUGGGAGUGCGUGGUCAUCGCCUGGGUGUACGGAGCCGACCGGUUCAUGGAUGACGUGGCCUGCAUGAUCGGGUACCGACCUUGCCCCUGGAUGAAAUGGUGCUGGUCUUUCUUCACCCUGCUGGUGUGCAUGGUAAGGGCCGGGAGAGCCUGGGCAGGGCGAGGGACAC